AUGGAAGAACCAGUGCUCCUGUCCGAAAGGAUAGAGCCUUUCAGCCCCCUGAUCGAAGAAGAGGCCUUUUUAUCACCGGGGACAUUUUCCAGCGCAGACGAAUACGCUGCCAAUCCCCGAUUCCUGGAACUGCAGGAAGAGCUUCGCUGCGUACUCUUUUCUGCCGUUGCAAGCCUUGAGCCAGCGAACAAACCGCUGCCUUUGGAGCCUGAAGGCCCCCAACCCCGCGCCCGACAAAGCCUAGACUUCACGCGCGUGAUCUCAAUUCCAAAAAUCAAACUAAUUUUCUACUUGAAAAAUUGGAUUACCGAAUGUGCUCCUUACCUUGAUAAGUUUGACGAGGCGCGCCACUUUGGCGUCCACAUCCCCAUCUUGGCCCAAGGUUCUCCGGCCCUCUUUUACGCCAUUUUGGCGUUUUCGGCCCGCCAAACGGAGCGCAAGGCCUGUCUUGACAAGGCAUACGACAGCCUCGAAUUAUAUCAGGAAUCUAUUCGGCUCCUGGCCCCUUGUCUCCAAGCAAAAGAUCCCAAUGUGCUAGUCACAGUUUGCAUUCUGGCUGUGAUGGAACUCAUGUCCGUCAGCCCGCGCGACUGGCGACGGCAUGUUGAAGGCUGCGCGGCAUUAUUUGACUCCUUCAAUGUCAACGGCCUUUCAGGUGGUCAUCUUCAAGCUGUGUUUUGGUGCUACGCGCGAAUGGAGCUCUGCGGAGCGAUUAUCUCGAACGGCACAGAGAGUACAGUCCUCCCAUUGGAAAAAUGGGUCCCUGCAAUGCCACAGGCCACGUCGAAGGAGGCUGAAGAUGACAUGAUCCGAGACCUGUUCUGUAAGAAAGGUCGCGCCUCUGCUGAUAUGCAUGCCAAUUGGGCUGUUUAUCUGUGUGCGAAGGCGUGUGAUCUUUCUUGUCGGCGAACGCGCUAUCUAGAGCUUGGCGAAACGGCAGGCGAUCCUCGGCCUUUCUCAGAGCAGUGGAAUCGACUCUGGGACGAGCUACAGUAUUGGAUCGAGACGCGACCCCCAGCUAUGCUGCCGAUCAAGACGACGGGAAUGGGCAGCGGUCAGAUUUUCCCGGAGAUCCUUUUUGCACACUGGGCCGCUAUCUCCGGGAAUCAACUGUAUCAUGCGGCUUCUAUAAUGAUGCUGGAUAUGCGUCCUGUCGAGCGGGGGCCUCCGGCGGCCAAGCCCCAUUUCUCGGCUAUUUGGCAUGCUCGUCGGGUUUGUGGAAUUUCUCUGACGAAUCCCCACUCGGGGAAUUUGAUCAAUGCCAUCCAACCCCUUUACAUUGCCGGCAAGUUGCUCAGUCAUCACAGUGAGCAUGUUGAAGUUGCGAAGUUAUUCAAGAUCAUCGAGCACACGACCGGGUGGGGUGCGCUUUGGCGACUGAAAGAUCUGGAGCGUGCUUGGGGGUAUGAACCUGGAGAAAUCCUGGGAGUGAUUUGA